AUGGCACCGGCAAGGGGUGACGCGCCAGAGGCACGCACGCAGGGGGACGACGCGCAGGAGCGCGCCAGUCAAUCGGGGGACGCCAGCAAGGCGUCUAAGUCGCUGGAAACACCGGCGGAGGCGUCCCCUUCGGGCGACGAGCGUCGGGUGCACUUCGCGGGCAACGACGACGACAAGGAGGGCGACAAUGGCGAGGGGCACGUCGACGCGGAUGGCGAUGAGGUCAUGGAGGGCUCCACAGUGGAUACAGAGGCCAAGGAGAGUAAUGAUCGGCUGAACGCAGACCCAAAUGGGCCAAGUAGAUUGAACGCAGUUCCGGCCAUCUUGAACGCAGUUCCAACCACCUUGAACGCAGGCGAUGAGGCUUCAGAUGCACACUCGCUCCUCGCGCCUGGUUGGCGUGAACGUCGAAUCGUGUCCAACGCUGAAUACGCGGGCUUCUCUGCGUCCAAGCUCGUUCUUGCGUCCAGCUUCAGCUUCGUCGAUGAUGGCGUUCAGCGGUGGUUGGAGUCCCAGCGUCUGCGGACGCAGUUCUCAACGGCGCGCUUUCAAGAUGGAUACGGUGGGCUGGAGGUGCUACAGGUUCUUGAAACCCUCACCGACGAGGACUACAAGGACCUUGAAUCGGUCGUUGGACCAAAUGUGCGUUCAGGCAUGCUAGACGUGCGACAAAAUCUCCCGUCUGGCAUGAAUCUCGCGUCCAUGCUGAAGUCGUUGGUCCUGCAGCGUGAGUUUGCUUCGGUGCUCAGUGUCUUCCGCGCUGAACGACUUGCUGAACGCACUUUCAACACGGUGUCAUUCCUGAAACGGCUUCUCACCAAAUACCGGCAGCUAAAAUUGGCGCUCGAGUCCGGCGGCCAGACUUCCGCACUGCGCACACUGGAUCUGCUGGACGUGAAAGAGGGCCUUCGACGUGAAUGGGCUGCCAUGGAGGUGUACUGGAAAGAGAAGGUUGAACGCAUCACUGCGGCCAAACAAGAUGGCGAGUCCGCGUUCAAGGAGAAUUUCAUCCGUCAGCAAGAAGACCACCAACACGCACUGAAUGCGCGUGCAGACGAAAUUGCUGAACUCAAGGACCAGCUGCAGACAUCUGAGGCCCUCUGUGAAGUUCUGCGUCGAGAGAUUCGCGAGAAGACUUUGGGCGCGUCACGGUUGCAGGCAACUGGAAACGUCUCCAAGAGCUCUUCGGUCAUUUUGCGGACGCCGCAGUGCGUCUGUGGCGACUACGCGGCUGAACGCAAGAAGGCCACCGGUGGUGAUUCUGCGCCCAAGCUGGUCCCACCGCUCACGAAAACGGUUGAUCUCACUGGGGGCGACGCUGGAUCCGGCGAAUCCAAGUCCAAGCAAUCUGCGUCCAAGGGAAAAUGUGCGUCCAAGGGUAGUCGCAAGAAGAUGUCCUGGAACGAGUUCCUGAAGAAACUCCAACUGCGUCCAAGCAACUAUCGACCCAGCCCGCAGUUAGCUCUUCCAGCGUCAUCCAAGCUCGCUCGUUCCGAAGAUGAGGCGCGAGCAGCUCUCCCGGGACCUCAGGUCUGGCGAAAGCUCCGUCAUGAUUUGCGCUAUGUUAUGCGGAACGGCUUCGCCUACGAGGACGCAAAAGAACUCGUGAGUGGGGAGCACGUCGUUCACCCGCUCAUUCAUCAUGAGCCACUGGUCAAGAUGCUGGUCAGCAUUAUUCGGAGCGACGGGCUGGACGCAGUUCCCUGGACGAGCUUUGUUCCAGAGAUGUACUACCUCAGCGCUGAAGUUCGACUGGAAAGCAUGUUUGAUCGGGAUGAGAAGCCUGAGCCGUGGUUUUCGCUGGACGAAGAGUACGUUCAAGAUGGACUCGAGCCUCUCUCUUCCAGUAGCAGCGGGGACUCCGAGUAUGAGCAAGAAGACGAGGUUGAACCUGACAAUUCGGAUGCUGCGCCCAAGGUCUCUGAAACUGUAGUUCCAGCGAAGCAGUCGUCUCCUGCGGCCAAGCGCAAACUCGACAUGCUUGAAUCAGGAGCGGCCAAUCAAAAGGAAGGUUCAACACUUCGUCGCUCACCGCGAAAUCAAUCCAAGGCCAAGCCGAACCAAUCUGGAUCUGCGGUCAAGAAAGCGCGACUUGCGGCUAAGGUCAUCGAACAGUUGACAGAGUCUCCGCGCAAGGCCACUGCUUUGGUUAGGAUCCCGUUCAAGCGUCUGACGUUGGAGCAGCUGAGCGUGAUUGAAACGCCCGAUACAGCAACUACCACGUCCUACAGGUGCUCCGGGAUCAAGAUGUGCUUCUAUCAGAAAAAAAGCAAGCCUCAGACCAUCGGGUUCCCGAACAACGCGCCGCAGAAAAGCGACAUGAAGUUUCUUGAGGAGCGCUGGAGUAUGGAGCAGUACGUGACGCUUUUUCCAGUGAAUUCGCGCGGCAAGAUGAUCAAGAAGAAGCUCCCCUGGAACGUCAUGUUCGCUGAACGCACAAAGGUGCUGUACUACCAUGAUGCAGCCACGCUCAGUGCUGAUAUCAUGCGCGGUCUCAAGAAACACGUCGAGUUCAUGGAGAAAUUCUGUCAAGCCUGGUGGGACUUGCUGCACUGGAUCACAAUCAACCUUGAGCGCGAUGCUGCUUCUCAGAGACUCUACAAGCUUCGUCGUAGGCGCACGGACUCCUUGAUCCGCCGGUACAAAACCCAUCUCAAGAAAUUGCGCAAAAUCAAGGGCUUCCCUGAAACGCUGUUUCAAGAACCUGGCGUCUGGCCGCUGCCUCAGCGCAUUUGCAACUGGAUCUGGGAGGACCCUCGCGUCGUUGAUUCAAGCGGCGAGCCCAAGUCUCUGCGUCAGCAGCUGGUUGAGCUGGACGAGCGUGAGCCUGCCCGCACUCUUUGGGCGACUGUGGCCAACGAGGUUGAGCGCACCAAGUACGUUUCAGCCGAUCUUCGCGCCAACCGCUCAAUUCCCCUUCCUCGACGCGCUCGCAACUGGAUCGUCCCUGAUCGCGCGGACAAUGAGCCCGCGGAUGAAGAUGAUGAGGACGACGACGAGCUGAGCGAAGUCGACGAUGAGGACGAGGGAUGA